AUGUCCACAAGUGCACAGACGGCAAUGCUUGUACCCUUGGAUGUCCAAGCUGUUGAGACCGAGAGCCUUCUUUUUGAUUCAUUUCUUCGUGUCUAUGACAGCCUCCUAAACGGCUCCGAUCAGACCCUCUCCACACUCUCUGAAAAGGAGGUUGAAGCAAUACGAGAACUCUAUGGCAAACUUUCAAAGCUUCCCCUGCGCGACUCCCUAGCUGCUCUGUGGUGUUUAAGGGAUGCGAGAUUGGUUCACGAUUCUCUUUCCUACUCUCGAACACGCGCCAUAGUCGAACGUUUCACUACUGCAUCGCGCGAUAGCCCAGCGCUGUCUCUGCCAGACGUCUAUACGCAACCUCGCGAGUGGUCGCCUGACGUACACACCAAUCUCCCUUCUCCAGAGGAAGUGUUCAACGCUCCUGUGCUUUCAGAACAAGGCGGAUCCAUCGUGGCAAAAGUCACAGAAACGCUGGUGGUGAAAUAUGGGCAAAGCAUUUCCCUUCGAGAGGUCGCAGCAAUCCUCUACGUUUCAGCCUACACUUCCGUUCCUGUCCCUCAGAUACAUGGCAUUUAUGAGUACAAGUCUGAGCUCUUUUUAUUCAUGGACUUCAUACCCGGUCGUACCCUGGAGGAUGCCUGGCCAGAUAUGACGGCAGCCUCGAAGGACGCUCUGACCGAACAACUUAGGGUCCACAUGAAUUCUCUUCGAUUGUUGCGCGGAACGUACAUUGGUGGCCUUGGCUGUACUCCCUGUUUCGACCACAUAUUUGCCGACGAACCGCCUUCAGAUUAUGGACCAUUCCCGAACGUCGCUGCCUUCCAUGACACUCUCGGCAAAGUCAUAAACUGCUAUGGAGAUCUGAAAGGCUUUCCUACAUCACGGUCAAAACGUAGGCUUUUCAAGGACGAUUACCGCAUCGUAUUCUCUCACGGAGACAUUGCCCCCCGCAAUAUCAUGGUCUCAGAAGAGGGGAAGCUGGCGGCGAUCCUCGACUGGGAAACGGCUGGAUUCUGGCCUGAGUAUUGGGAGUGGAUGAAGGCUAGUAUUGAUAUUGGGUUGGAACCAGAUGGCUGGGGAGAUGCGCUCAAUCUUAUCCUGGAGCCGUUUGAUGCGGAUGCAUUGAUUGAAAACAUGUUCUCGAGAGUACUUCUGUUAUAG